GAGGGAGGCGUGGGCCGCCGCCUGCCGCCGCGGGGACUCGGUGGCGGGCUGCUGCUGGCGGCGAUUCGCGUCCCCUCCCCGGUCCGGCGAUGUCCGGCGGGGGCAGCCGGCGGCGGGCCGGUCCCUCCUGGCCCAGCGCUUUCUCCCGCUUCUUCGCCAGGAGCCCCCCGCGCCAGGAGGCGGCGGCGCCCGGGCGGCCGGCGGGCGCGCACAGUUCUGAAAACAAAGGGAGUGAAGCCAUAAAUUUAAAGAGCAACCAAAAGGAAAGCACAACUCUUCCUGCACUUUUAAAGGUUUAUCCAAAUGAAGAGAAGAACCAUUCCACAGAAGAACUUAGCAAGUCUGAUAUCCAAGAGGAGCUGAAAAAGGCUAAUAGCCUUCCUAGUUUGACUCCUGGAAACAAAGCAGCAGAUAAAGACAAGCAACCCCGAGAAGGUUUUUUUCAGUUUCUUGGAAGCUUGUUUAAUCUUGCAACAAAAUCUUCUUUGGUAGACUCUAAACCAUCCGCCUGCCAAGAUGAACCCAACAGAUGUGAAAAGGAUUUACAGAACACAAAUACCCUUACAGAGGGCACGCAACCACAGCAUCCAAAAACUGAAGAGCCUGUCUGUUCUAUGGCUAGAAUAAAAGAGGACUCUGUAAAUAAAGAUGACAUGAUCUUAAAUAACAUUGGGAAAGACAGUUCACAGGAUCAGCAAGGAGGCCGGAAACGAUCUGCAGAUGUGAAAAAGCAGAUACAAAGAAAAUUACAAGCACCUGCAGUCACUUAUGCAACAUAUCGAGGUUCUGCAAGGAUUAGAGAGCUACUGAAAAGUCAGUCAGAAAUGACUGAAAAAGGAGAAGAAAGUACUGAGAACAGAGAUGCUUCAGUGAUCAAGGAAAAUGGAGAAAUCCAAACAGCUGUCUCUCUAAAAUCAGAACACUUAAAGGAAAAUGGAGAAGAUGAGGAUAAAGAUCAUGAAGAUGAUGUCAUAGUAAAUUCUUCUACAGUAAAAAUGGAAUUGAAAAAAUCUGGUGAAGCUCAACAUUACUUGGGUAGCAGUAAACAUGAAAUAAUGCCAAAUGCCUCAGCUUCACCUACUGGAUCAUCUAGUGGAGUAGACUUGAAACAUACAUCAGCUUUAGAAGCAAACAAAGUUAAGUCACAAGAUUCAUUAUUGUCAUCUAGUGGGAACAGUGAGAUCGCAACCAAUUCCACUCAUCAGAUUACCAAUGCCCUUAGUGCUGUGGACAAUUUGUUUGGAAAAGAAAACGUACUGCUGGGAGAAACAGAAGCUCCAUUUCAAAUGGACAAAAAUGCCACUUCUAACUGUGAAAAAGAAAUUCACUGUAAUGAUCACUCCUAUCAGCAGUCUGAAGAAAAAAUGCAGGAUGACAGAGUUAACAAAGAACUCCAAUUGAGCAAGGAAGAAUAUCGCUGUAAUCAUCAAAUGAAUAACCACUCAGAGCUAACAUCAAAUGUACAGACAUAUCAUUCCAAUACUAUGUUCCAGCAGCAAGCAGAUGAGAACACAGGCAAUGCAAAUAAAGAUAGUGAUCCAAGAAAGAGUGAUGCACGGAAAAUUGUGGCAGCUGCAGAAAGAGAGCAAAAUCCACAGAAUUUUCUUGCUACUGUUGUUUUACCUUUUGACGAACAGACAUGCUGCACCUCGCUUAGCAUGGAGUCCACAAGAGAAGAGUGCAUAGUCACAGGUAAUCUGACUGCUUCAAAGUUAACUCUUAAAAAUGAUAAAGGCACAGUGGUGGACCAUGUGACUUGUAAUGAAGAACUGAAUGAGUUAGGGAAACCAGUGCAUGUACAAAAUGAGCAUCAAUUAAACCUUGUGGAAAACUCUAAGGAUACUGCCGCACCACAGCGUUUAUCUUGUCUGGAUAAAAAGAAGGUUUUGUCAGAGGUUGCAGAGGAAAAUUUUGCUGUAUCAUGCACACGUGGAUGUGAAAAUGUGAAAUCUAACUUAGAUCAGCUGACAGAAUCUCUCUCUGUUAGCUUUGAGUCUUCAUUUGAAACAGGUGACUGUUACUCAGCUUCCCUUCAUCCUGAUUGCAAAUCUGUAAAUAAAACUAAAGUGAAACAAGGAGUUGGUUCAAAAGAUAAGAGAGACACUGUUUCUACUCCUGAUCUUGAAUGUAAAAAGAGCAAAUUCUUUGAGACUGUAGAUAUGAGCAUCUCAGAAAAUUCCACUCCUGCCCAUGGUACAGUUUCCCAUAAAACUGUGCAAGACAUUUCUGAAAAAUCAUUAGUUACGCUUGCAGGAGAUAACAUAUCAAAGCCUGCACCUUGCCCUUUUGUCAGCACUGGAAGGACAGAUGAUACUAUACCUGCUGCUUCUAAAAUCAAUGAGGCUGAUAUGAAUGAGAUGGCUCUUGCUCCUUUUGAAUUUAAGAAUUGUAUUUCUGAACUUUCCUCUCACAUUUCUAAAUCACACGAAGAACAUCUGGAGGUUUCUGAUUCUGCCCUGAGAUGUGAAGGUCAACCUUUGACUGAGCGUUUCUCUGUCAUCUCUCAAAAAGACAUUGAUGUAGACAUUGUUUCUGCUCCUCCACCUAGCUGUGAAAAUACACAUAUUAAUAUUUCUUCCGAAGUUAAAAGCAAUAAUAAGCAUGGGAUAUCAUCCACAGUACUUUAUUCUUCAUCUGAUAACCAAGGAAAAGUGCCUUCUCCUGCCACUAACUCUGAAAAUGGUCAGGUUGCUAGAUGGUCUGCUGCUUCCAAGCAGGACAGCUGUGUUUUUGUGACUGCUGAGUCUAGGAGAAUAAUCCCUGAGGACAGAAUGACUGAAGCACCACUUUGCUCAGAAGACCUGAGAGCUUCAUGCCCAUCCAGUUCUCUGGAACCUGAGUUCACCCCAGCUGUGCUCCAUCAUUUUACUUCUGAAGUAAAUGUGCAGGAUUUUUGCAUCCCCAAGUCCCCUUCACCUACUCAGGAAUCCAAAGAAGGCUCAAAGUUUUCUAUUUCUGCCUUGGAAACAUCAGGCAUUGCACAGGAGGACUGUAGCUCCUCUGGUUGCAGAUUUGGUGUUGAGGCAGAGGGUUUAUCUUCUGCACAGCAGGCUGCUGCUGAUGUCUUGACAAAGGCAAUGCCAUCACACGUCUGUCCCUUGAAAAGGACAUCCAAUUUAGAGUGUACUGAGGUGUGCAAAAAUGCUGUGCAAGAGAUGAAUCUUUGUAACCAGACUUCUAGUAUCUCAGAAGCUUGCUCUGAAACAGGUGAACAAACAGCUGCUGCAGCUACAGAAUCAAAUGAUCUCCAUUUUGCGAAAAUAGGGAACAAUACUAACAGGGUGGGACAAGACUGCACUAACUUGCAAGAUGCUGCUCUUUUGUUUAAGAAAGCUGAGGAAAUAGUGGACUCAGUUUUACACUUGGCUAUAGAGGAAAUAAUAGCAAAACAAGCUGUUGGUGUCUGCCAAGUCUGUGGGAGAAAGGAUAGUUUAGUAAAUACAGAUAUUCUAAAUGAUCAGAAAACUGUAACUGCGCAGCUGGAAGCAGAAGAAAUCCAGUCAGCUGUGCAUUCAUUAGAACAUUUUAAUGAGAGCAGUGGAGGAGGCUCAUUUUCAUUUACAGGAAAUGAAAUGCACGAUACAAAUAAUCAAGAUGAAACGAUACCAUCUUACAUCCCUGCUAAAAUUGACCUACAUAGUGUACUGGCAUUAAAAGCGAGAGAAAUAAUUGAUGAAGUUAUUAACUCAGCCAAACAAAAACUGACAUCCAAUCAGUGGCAAGGCAGGGAGAGUGAAAAGCAUUCUGAAAACAUUGAGUGUAAACUUAAAGCUGAAAACCCAAAGGUUUUAAAUCUGGAUGGUAAUUUAUCUUCUAAAACACAGGAACUAAUCAGAGAACCAGCAGGGAAGGCAGAAACUCAGAAUAUAAGUAUAAACUGUGAAAAGGCAGUUUGCUCAGGUCUUCCUUUGCUUUCAAAUGGUACGGAAAACAGCAUAGAUUGGCUCCAAAGAGAUGAAGAUAUACCAAAUAAUGCAUUUGCAUGUCAAACAAAUGGAUUUCUAUCUGCUGGUAGUUCAGUGAGGCCAGAAUCAACCCCUAUGAUACCAGCAAAAGAGGAACAUGAUAAAAAGGUGCAUGAACAUCUGGCUGCAGCAGAGAUGUGCAGUAAAGCUGGAUUAUCAGCAACAAGUAGAAAAUCUGAUGUGUCUUUACAUUUAUUAAAUAAAGAUGCAGCUGCUACUGAAGAAAUAUUUCUGCCAUUGCAGUUAAGUGAUUCAUGCAAUAAUGCAGAUAUGCCAGAGCUCAUGUUGCUGCCAUCUGUAAAUGGUAAUUUGUCAUCUCUUAUGCCUGAUGAAGAAAGUAUCAGCUCACAAAGGGAAAACAGAGUCAAAACGAGUCCUCAGAGUUCUGUGGAAAGCAGUGCAGAGGGUAAUCUGGAUGAACACAGUGGAAGAGAGGCUGCAGAAAUGUUUUCACAAGUAAAAGCAGCCUUAGAAGAUUCAAAGGUAGGGGAGAGCGAAGAGGAACCUGCAAAGGGAGCAAGCGAGACACUUGUCAAUAUUGAGUUAAAUGCACAGUUCAUUGACUCUGAAUUGCCUGCUACUGGAGAGCACAAUGAAGGGGAAAACUACUUCAACUCAGUUUAUGCCCGAAGUAAAAAGAAUCUGAAAGAGGUGCAAAUGAAGGAUUCAGAUGUGCAGAGAAAUGAUCAGCUUGAAGAAAAUGGUCUGGACUGUAGGAAUGACAUGAAGGAAUCGACAGAUCUUUUAGGCUUUUCUCCACUAAUUGAGCAGUGGGAAAAUAGUUCUUUUACAAUUGUUUAUGAAGGUGCCCUUCAAACUGAGAACAGAUCUGUCUCUACUGAUGAUAUACAGACUAGCUCGCUUUCUCCUUCUGAUCUGCCUUUGGAUAGUGUAGGUCAUCUAAUGUGUGAAAGAGCAAAAAAUAAAAAUGAGCCCACCUGUUUUUAUGGAAAGGAUAACAAGUUGAAUAAAGCCACAGAGGGCAAUAGCUCAGAGUCAUUUCUGAGUGUGGAGGCCAAACGCUAUAGAAUAUAUCCUUUCUCUUUGUCUCCAAUAUAUGAAGACGACAGCUCCCAUGAAGACUUGCUGUCUGCAGACAUGUCACCAGAAGGCCAUCCUAAUGGAGUAUCUAAAGAUAACUCUGACCAUACUUCUGUGCUUUCCCUUCUUCAAUCAGUUUCUGAGCGCCUACAGUUGACUACUCAAUUCAGUAAAGAGGAAGAUGAGGAGGGAAUGGAGGAUGAGGAUGAGGACCAGUCAUCGUAUGAAGGAAAUGUUCUUGAUGUUGAGAGAGAAGAAGAAGAAUGUCUUUCCAGUCAGUGGGCAAGGAAUCGAACAAGAACUGUUCUGUCAAAUGACCAAAAUACAUAUCCAUUACUUGAACAAUCACCUUUUCUUUCAAAAGAGCGAUUUGACUCUAAGGAGCAAAUGGAACAGUUUCAAGGUGAGACUUCUCCUGGGCAAACGUACUGCAAUCCAGUUUCACAGAAAGCUGAUACUACUCUAAAGCACCCUCCUACAAGUGCAUAUUAUCAGUACUUGAGAUCUGCCAACAAUUACUCCUCUGAGAAGGGAACAAGAUUUGGAAGCAUUCUCCAGGAUAUAUUGCAGCCAAAGAUUCGUUGGUCCCAAGAUCAUGCCAUGCUCAAUCUGGGAGAAUUACCAGUGAAUCUUGUUGACCGGGCAAGUCUCACAUACAAUCCAAGACCAGGAAAAAUUAUUAUUUAUGAUAUUCAUGGUGACAAAAGUAAACAAGAAAUUCAUUCUGAUGUGCUAGAUGCCACAUCCUGGAUCUUUCCCAUUGGAGCAUUACUUAGGAUAAUUAGAGGAUGUUGGAUUUUCUAUGAGAAACCGAAAUUCCAGGGUCAGAAAUACGUACUAGAAGAAGGAGAGACUGUGCUGGAUCACCUUUGGGAUCUUCCAGGUGUGAAACAUCAUCGAAGAAACCUCACAGUGGGUUCAAUCAAACAUGUAACAAAGGACUGCAGUGUUCCGGAGAUUGAAUUCAGCGUGGGAGCCAGUACAGAGGGACUUCCUAUCUGCAUACAAAGUGCAGUUGCCAAUUUAGAAGAACUGGAUGUUGAAAAAAACCCAUAUAUACGUGUCAAAUCAGGAAUAUGGCUUGCUUAUUCAGAUUUAAAUUACAAGGGAGAGAUGAAAAUUUUGGAAGAAUGCAGUGAACCAUCUGAAAUUCCUUCAGCAGAUGUAAGAUCUGUGCGUCCCUUAAAAAUGGGUGGAUUAAAGGUCCAAAUGCCCAUGAAUGUCAAGAUAAUAAUAUAUGAGAAAACCCACUUUGGAGGGUGGUCCAAAGAGUUUUCAGAAAAUAUUAAUUCUGUCCUGGCUCUGUUUGGUGAUGAAGAGGAUUUUCAGGACAUUGGAUCAAUACGUGUCGUUGGUGGCGUAUGGGUUGCCUAUGACAGAGAACGUUACAAAGGCCGUCAGUACUUGCUGGAGGAGGGAGAUUAUGAGGACACACACACAUGGGGAGGAACUGGCAGUGUUCUCCUGUCUUUCCGGUUCCUUCAGGCUGAUUUCAUAGAGUCAUCAGUGGCACUUUUUCAGUCCGAUGAUGAAGACGGGAAAGCAUUGGACAUCAUCAAUGAAGAAAUUCCUGAUUUGGAACAGACUGGAUUUGGCCCAGAAACAGGAUCGAUUCUUGUGAAAAGUGGAGUGUGGGUUGCAUAUCAGCAGAAACAUUUCUGUGGAGAACAGUAUGUAUUGGAGAAAGGAAAAUAUAAAUGUUUCUUUGACUGGGGAGGAUCCAGUAAAAUCAUUAUGUCGAUUCGACCUAUUAAGUUGGAACCACUUGGAACGAAUGAGCCUCCACAUUUGCUCAAAGCUUUCAGUAAUACACAUUUCCAAGGAGCAUGUAUAGAUUUCACAGCAGAAGUUUCUGAUUUCACAUCAUUCAUACCAUGUUCUUUUAAGGUUCUUCGGGGUUGUUGGCUCCUGUGUUACCAAGGGGAAAUUGAUGACAAUCAUUGUGUGCUGGAAGAAGGUCUCUACAUUGAUCUCCUUUCCUGUGGCUGCCCAACUGCUGCAGUCAAAUCCCUCAAGCCUAUUGAAUACGUUUUUGCUGAGCCCUCCCUCAGUCUGUUUGCACUGGAAUGCUGCAAGGGCAGAGAGCUGCACUUCAGUGAGCCUGUCAACUCUGUUCUGAAUGAAGAUCUUCAUUUUUACACUCAGUCUGUAUGGGUGAGAAGCGGAUUGUGGAUUGCAUACGAAGGAUGUAAUUUUUUAGGAAAGCAGAUUCUGUUGGAGCCUGGUGAGAUUUCUAACUGGAAUGAGUACAGUGGCUGGAAAGUAAUUGGCUCCCUUCGUCCGGUGAAGCAGCCAGCAGUGUACCUCCGAAUCAGGAACCGAGCCCAAGGCAAAUACCUGACAGUAGGAAGUCUGGCAGAUGUAAGAGCAACAUCAGUGUGCGUGUCUCCGUACAACGGCAAGGAUACCCAGAUCUGGCACUACUGUCGUGGGCUCUUCAAAUCCAAGGUUAACGAUGCCUGUCUGGAUGUCAUUGGUGGCAGAGAUGUGCCAGGAGCCAAAGUCGCACUCUGGGUAGAACAUGGGAAGGAGAGGCAGAAGUGGAGACUAAAUGAGGAUGGAACCAUCAGUUCAUACCUCAGUGACCAACUGGUGCUUGAUAUUAAAGGAGGAAAUUACUAUGACAAGAAUCACAUCAUUAUGAAUGAGCCAGAAGAGGACAAACGUUCCCAAAAAUGGGAUAUUGAAAUACUGUGAGUAAAACCCACCACAGAGAUGGGCCUUAUGUGGUUUAUGAACACCUGGAGGAAAAAAAAAAAACUACUACUGAAGUCACACACCACUGGAACCUUAUGCAGUAAAUCCUGUCUUCCUUCACUCAAAGCACCAACUCCUAAACCAAGUGAAUUUGCACAAACCUGGAGGAUGUGAGGUUGAGCUCAUGUCUUUCCCCAAGGACUGAACUAUGAGAUGAUUCUUCGGAGGCCGCUCCUAUGAAAGUUAAUGUUAUUCUUCAUCUAAAGUCUUAAAGUAAAUGCACAAGACUAGACAGAAGCUUUGCGGGAUAUGAAUGGCAAGAGAUAAUAUGGGAAAGGCUCAUUAGAAAUACUGAUAUUUCCUUUCUCUCAGAAAAUGAUGAAAGCUCAUUCUUUAGUACGUGUACUCAUGAACUUGAAAGGGGUUGAGUUGGACUUCUGUAGACCAAGUGAAACAGUUGAGGCUCAAAGCAAAACUGAAUCUCAAUCCAUACCUCCUGCUAAAGUGCAAUUUAUUUUGUUCAAAAGACAAAUUUGAACUGGAAUUCCCAGCUCAGUGCGUGAAAUGGGGCAAUAAAACCCUGUUACCUCCCUAGUGUUAAAGGUAGGCCCUGGUCUUAUUUGUUUCAGCAAUACCAAAUUUCCAAGUUUAGGAAGUUCUUUUGCAGAUCCGUGGGCUGUUUCCAAUCCAUGCAUUUCUGAGUUAUCCCUGAAGAUCACCUUUAACAUGUAGGCAUAGGUGCAUCUAUCCAGAGUAUAAGCUAUCCUGGGUCAGGUUAGAUUUCUAAAAGAUUUACUGAAUUUAGAGCAGUACUGAUUUUGCUCUAGCUAUAUUUUGUUGUCAUGUAUAUAGACUAAUUUAAUACAAUGUAAUUUGAUCUUAAAUCCAUGUCUUCCUUCAGAAGAUAACUCACCAGGUGCUAGCAGCCAGCCCUGCUUCAUGUCAGGAACAACUUAACUUAACUACAUUCAAAGGUUACUCGGGCUCAUCGGUGUCCUCUUAACCCAAAGGAUGAGGAGUAAGAUCAGUGAUGACCAGCCCAACUUGCUGGCAGUUUCCUCAAUGUCAGCAAGAUGCAACCAUCCUACCAGCCCUCUCUGAAGGUUGGUAGAGCACAGUACCUUACUGCACUGCAGUUGGUACAGGCUUGGAAAAGAACAUCUCCCUCAUACAGGACUGAUAUAGAGGAGGAACUGCAGCUGCCUGUAGGGCUGCUAAUACCUGAAGUGGUGGUCCUUAGCUCACUGCUAUCUUCAUUGGAUUUCUGUGCGACUAAAUGAAUCUACUUCAUUGAAUAGGUAAUAUUUUCAUUCCUAUUUGUUUAUUCAGGGUAUGUGUUUCUAUUUAAGGAGUUUAGCUAAGGAAUUUUAGUUUCCAAAAGUGUUCCUGUGCACUUAAACAGGAUUUGACCUCAAACAGAAACACAUAACCCUGUUUGCCACAGAAAUAAAAUAUAUGGAUGUCUAUUUUUAUAUGAAAUUGAGUUCUAUAGCAUAAUAUUUAAAAAUAAAAAAAGUACCUGUGUACUUGCACUUACUAUUUUGCAUUCUAAAGUUAUCACAAAUCUGCUGUUACAGAACUCCAAAUGUAUGUAUAUAUUUCUACAACUAAAGCACUUGUCCUGCUUUUUUAAUGUAAAUCAGUAUAUCGAGCGUUCUCCAUGUGACUCACUUUCCAUACGCAAUUUCAAAGCCUGGUUGGAAGGUUCUGGUCUUUCAGGCUGAGAGCACCUAAAUCACACAGGUUGGUGUCCCAGUGCUUCAUAACCAAGUAAAUCAGGCCUUUGUAUUUCAGAGAUCUUCCAUGUAAAAUGCCAAGCAUGUAUAUUUUAAUUGUAUAAAAGUUUUUAGAAGGAAUCUUUUGCUUGUCAGUUUCUUCUUUGUUAGCAGAUACCAAGUGCAUUUGUGUAAAGCAUUUUUUUUUUUCAAAUGGCCAAAAAAAGGAAAUAAGUACGUAUAUUCAGUAAGACACGAUGAUGCUAUGUGGGGUUACUCAUUAAAUAUAGAUCUUAAGGUAUCCAAAUAUCUGCAGUACUCCUGUCAGAAUCCACUCGAGAGAUAUGAAGAUCCUUCUUCUAGGAGUAGCACUAAUCUGGCAAUU